UAUUAAUCAUUCAUUCUAUACUUUUUCUGGUAGUUGGACCUCUGACUGUUUUAUAAAACAAAAUGUUGAUAAGGUGUGUUGUUAUUCUUCUGGUGGCUUCAGCAGCUUUUGCUGGGGUUGCUAGGCAAGAUAGAGUUUUGGAUCCAAAACUGAGCGACAAAGAACCAGGUUCUCCGGAAUAUGAUCAUGAGGCAUUUCUUGGAAAAGAUCAGGCAGAAGAGCUUGAUGAGCUCCCGGAAGAAGAGAGCAAGAGGCGGCUUGGGAUCAUUGUGGAUCAGGUGGAUAAAAAUAGGAAUGGUCAAGUGACAGAAACUGAACUUUUGGAGUGGAUUAAAUUCACACAAAAGAGAUACGUAGACGAAGAUGCGGAGAAACAGUUUAAAAUUUAUGAUAAAAAUAACGACAAUAUGGUCCAUUGGGAUGAAUAUAAAGUCACAACGUUUGGGUUUCUUGAAGAUGAUCAGGAGCAAGUUAAUGGAGAAGAUUCGGAAAGUUACCGGAAGAUGACGGAGAGAGAUCACAGGAGAUUUAGGGAGGCAGAUGUUGAUAAAGAUGAUCGUUGCACAAAGGAAGAGUUUAAAGCAUUCCUGCAUCCAGAGGAGUUUGAGCACAUGCGAGAUCUAGUCGCUAGAGAGACUUUGGAGGACAUUGAUAAGAAUAAAGAUGGUUUUGUGGAUGUGAAAGAGUACAUCGGAGACAUGAGGAGGGAUGACGAUGAGAAAGAAAAUCUCGAGUGGGUCGUCCAUGAAGAAGAGCAGUUUAAGGACAUCAGAGAUACAAAUGGAGACGGGAAAAUGGACGUAACAGAAAUUAAAGAUUGGAUUCUUCCAGCGGAUUAUGACCACGCUUCAGCUGAAGCAAAACAUCUUGUUUAUACGGCAGAUGAUGAUAAGGAUGGAGAACUCAGUAAAGAGGAAAUAUUAAACCAUCAUGACACCUUUGUUGGUUCUCAAGCCACUGACUGGGGAGAGGCUUUAAAACGACAUCAGGAGUUUUAAGUUUGGAGCAGGCUGAAAAUAUAAAGUACAUAAAAUGCUUUUUUUAAGUAAAAUUAAUUUUGGAAAGUAUUUUAUGUACUAAAUUGGCUGCCUACUAAUUGUUACUGCUUUAAUUGCAAUUGGCAACUGAAAUUUGACAGAGCUGUAUCUGUAUUCAAGACACAAUAACCUAAAAAUGAUUUGGUAUUAGAAAGUAUGAACUAAAUUAUUUUUCUACCUUUUUCCUACCAAUUCUGACUGCUUGAAUUGGCACCUGAAAUUUGACAGAGUUGUAUCUGUAUACAAGACACAAUAGCUAAAAAUCCUUUUUGAUUCAGCUUUUAUAAGGCUAAUCCUGCCUGUGCCUCUUGAUUAUAAUACACACUGCUCUUCCAACCUUAGGAAAUAGUAGCACCUUACUACAUGUAUCAGCAUAUCUAUUCUCAUGCAGUGUUUGCUUUAUAUAUGUGAUGCCAGAAGACUGACAAAUUUUAGUACACUAAUAAGUAUUAUUUUAUUUAUACAAGUAGCAGUAUGUUGUAAAAAAUAUUGUUAAAAGUAAAAGGCUAUGGAUACUUUUUAAAAUUGUGUGAUAGAUAGUAUUAAUAUUUUUAUUUAGCUCUUAAAGUUUUUUUUUAACAAUUAGCAACAGUUAGCCAAACAGGUAUCCAUUACCAACUAUAAACUAAUAGCCUAUGAACUAACUACUAACUAAAGUUAAUAUUUAGGUAUUCCUUUAAUUCUUAUACCUUUGCGGAUUGUGCAUUUCGUUAGCUAUAACGGUAAACUGUUUAAAAACACAUUAGAAGUUGUACUAAACAAAAUUUAUAUACCGAAAUAUCCCUUUUAAAAUUAGCCAAAUAUUAUUUUUACUGGUGCAGAGACAAAAUUCUCAGUUUUUUAAAUGUUAAUUGUGACAAAAUUUAUUUUGCUAGAAAUUUUUUACAAUUUCUUUUCUUUACUUUUGUUACAAUUUGUGUUAUACUUCUCGUGUUUGCUGUAUAUUGCGUUGCUUGCAAAACUUGCAAAUGAAAAUAUUAAUAAAAAAUGCACAUU